UGUUGCAGCACAGCAAGCUGACGUGUGGGAGGAAGCUAUGGCAUCAAAGGAGCCUGCCUCCUUCGUGGACCGGACCACCUGGGAGCUCCUCAACCUGCUGGACAUGCUGGGAAAGCGGAAUGGACGGGUGGGAGUAAUGGAGGUGGACGAUGCCGAAUCAAGAGCCCCCUCGUUGCUGGUGGACUUUACUCGGGACCUGUGUGGCACAGGUGACAUCAAACAUAAGCCACAGCAGGCAGGGAGUGAGGGAAAGGAAGAGGAGGAUGUGAUUCCGCCACAUCUGAUUUUUAUGCUGUGGCAAGCCAGUGUGUUGAAGAGGCUCAUGCAGUGGGAUCACUUGGAUGAGGCCAUCCGGGAUGUGAGGAACCUCCUCCCUUGCCUGCCGGAUGUGCUGGUGCUUGUGAUGAUCCGUCCAGACUGCCAGGAGCAGCUGGACCAGGCAGUGAGAGCACUGAGGAGAAUGCAGUGUGUGCUGGAUGGGGCCCUGCAACUGCCCGUGGAGACGGCGAUCUACAGCCCAAGCCAGCCUGGAAGUGUCCUGGAGGCAAAGAGAGCUGCCUGUAGAGCUCUGAGAGAAGCCUUGAACUGCCAUGAAGAAGUCGACUCCCAGGAGCCAUUUAUUAUUUCGCUCCCGGAGCUCAGAUAUUGCCGUGUUCUGCCUGAACGUAGGCAAGACAAGGUAUCAAAGACGGAUGGAGAAUGAAUUCCCUUGGGCAGCAGAACCUGUCAGAUCUUUUAUUGCCCUAAGGUCUUCAUUAUCAUCAAAAGAAGGAUUAAAAGCC